GAGAUUGAGCUCUCAGUUUUUAAGUAUUUUGCAGAACCAGUCCUUGAUUUAUUACUUGAAUUUUGAACUCCAUCGUUGAUGUUAGUUAAACUUAAAAAAUGGCGGAUAUCACGUCCAUGCUGAGCGAUGUAGUAAAAACACUAGAGAAUAUAAAAGAAAAAGCCAGAGAAAAAAACGAAUCAAACGACGAGGAAGACAAGAAAAGAAAUAGGGAAGGAUCAGAUAAGAUAGCAAAGCCCAGAACGACUCAAUCUGAAUUAAGGUAUAGUUUGAGCUAGCUAGCUAACAGAAGUUCACAAAAUGUCAAUUCAACAAUAUCAUAGAUGGAAAGACAAUAAUACCACAUAGAGUUUCUGGAUUUUUUUUCUAGAAAUAGUUCUGUCCAUGCAUCUUCAUUUCCAAUAUUAUAUACAACAAACAACGUUUUUGAGUGUAUUUUUCACUACUUUAUUAUAGCACCUUGUUCCCUCAAAUAAGAAGCAAAAUACCAGAUUCGUUGAAAAGAAGAAAGUAUGAUGGUGGUGCCUGUGCUGGAAAAAAUUCUUUUGUAACUGACACUUGGACACGGGAUUUCUGUUGUCUUCCAUACACGUUUUCUGCUGAAACACCCUCUGUUGAUCUUCUUGGAUUGUUAACCGAGGCAGGAUUAGGGAGGAAAAGGAUAAAGUUAACCAAAAGGAUAAUCAUAACACCUUUAUUACAAAAAUUGAAGAAGCAUAUCCUCGGCUGAAAGUUGUAGGUGGGUUCACCUUGUAUAAAGCUGUAGAUGGUGGUUCAAGGAGACCACUAAAAAAAAUUGAUAUUCAUUGGUAUGAUGUUAAGAUGCUAAAAAAGAAAAAAAACAGUGGUGGUGGUGUGAUUUACAUAAAGCCUCUGCAAGAGAAUUUAGAUCUGACUCACUUAAAAGAAAAUGAGGUAUAUAUAAUAAUGAUUUAACAUUGUUUCAAUAAUAUAUAUAUAUACAGUAUAUACAGAAUUACAUACUUUUUAUGUGAUAAUUGUUUGUGUUUCUAAUAUCUUGUUUGCAUAAAUUUAGGUAGUUUGUCAGAAAAACAUAAUGAAUAGAUCUGGACCUGAAAUAAAAUGUUCCGGUUGCUCCCAUCUAUUUCCAAUAAAAUCACUUGAAGCACAUAAAGCAUUUUGCACUCCUACUGUAGUGAGCCAAGAACUUUCGAGUUGCUCUGAUGACGAGGAUGAGGAACAGCAGAAAAAGAAAAAGAAACGAUCAAAGAUAAAUUUUGAUAAAUUCUUGGAAAAGGAGCCAGUGGAAAGACUUAACGAGAUGUUUCCAGAAAAAGAUUAUGAAUCAUUGUCCAAGACACUGGAAGAAAAUUCUUUUGAUAUAACAGACACUAUUGAUGAGCUGCUAUUAACAAAAUCAUGCUUUUCAAACAAUGCAUCACAUGAAGUUUCGAAAGUAUGCAAUAGGUCACAUGAAGUUUCAAAAAAUUUUGACAUAAAAGAUGCUUUGGAGGUUUUAUCUUCACAGUUAUAUGAAACAUCAAAAUCCAUCGAUCUCAAGCCUGAUUCAAUAUUUAACGACAUCGUGUCGUAUUACAAGGACAGCAAUUGCAAUUCAAAGUAUCGUUUAAAAAUAAGAUACAUAGACCAACCUGCGGCAGACACAGGUGGGGUUAUGCGUCAGUGCUAUACUGAUAAUGGAACACCACCCAAAUUUUUUUACCAAGUUUUUUGUUUUUAAUGAAAAAGAUACUCUGAACUUGGAGUCUUUUGAAAUAUGUAGCCAAAGUGAAAUAUUAAUAUCACAUUUCAAGCGAUUUGUAUCUGGCGCAUCAACAGAGAUAUUGGAUUCGAUGUGUGUGUUUCUACUGGUGCAAAGACGCCGCCAUUACUAAAGAAAAUAAAAAUCUACUUUGACGAAAUUUCAGGGGAAUUUUACGCAUCAACUUGCGAACAAACGAUUACAAUUCCAUUGAAGUACGAAAAUUUCGAUUAUCAUGACUUUAGCUUAACAUUUCAAGCUGUCCUUCCGAACAGUGGAAAAGCGUUCAACACAAUAUAAUGUCCGCUCUAUUUUGUUUUAAACAGUGACAUACUUAUGUACUUGUUUUGUUUUUAAGUUUCUUUUGUUACCCAACGGAAAGCGAUUAAUCCGAAUUUCAGUGAGGUCUUUCAUCUUCUGUUUCUUAGAUUGUCACAUUACAAAGUCGUUUUUUGUAAAGCCCGUGAAUGCGGUAAAUUCUGUUCGUUU